UUUCGUCUGUUAUUCUAUUCACCUUCAUACUCGCCUCUCUCUAUUCAGCCCUACUUUGUGUCUGGGGCUACCGCUGUGGACCCCGGGCGUUCGGCAUCAGGGAUACCCGUUGCUACUCCUCUUACCUUAUGGGGCGUGAUAAUUUUUCCAUCAUUAUUGUCAUGCAUGUCGUGGGGGUGUCCUUGUGCCGCUUCGGUGGCAGUCUGUGAUGAGAGCUAUCAUUGCGGCGUAUAUCUCUUUUUCCCAUGCAGGUCGGCCGGGGGUGGUGGCCGGGGCAUCCGGGGAAGAGAAGUACCGGUACAUGCGUCAGCUAUGAGGUCUGGCAAAGUGCACCCCUACCACCGCUGACCGGCUUCCAGUGUUCCUGUCCGAUGUAGUCACCCCCCUCCGCUGGCAGGCAUGGGAGAACGCGCUGCGCCUUCAUCCGGACCAAGAAUUCGCGCGUUACAUUUGGCUG